AUGGCGAGUCCAAGAACACGUCGAGCUUUGGGUGAAUUGAAGCCUCACGACGAAAAUAAUAAAUGUUUUGAGUGCGGAGCUCAUAAUCCUCAGUGGGUCUCUGUAACAUAUGGAAUAUGGAUUUGCUUGGAGUGUUCGGGCAAGCACCGUGGCCUUGGUGUUCAUCUUUCAUUCGUAAGAUCUAUAUCAAUGGAUAAGUGGAAAGAUGUCGAGCUGGAAAAAAUGAAAGUCGGAGGUAAUAGAAAAGCACGUGAAUUUUUUGAGUCCCAGGCAGAUUGGGAUGAUUCUAUGCCAAUUAAUAAAAAGUACAACACUAAAGCGGCUGCUCUGUACCGUGACAAGAUUGCUACGUUAGCUCGAGGUGAAUCUUGGAGCAUUGAUAAGGCUGCUGCUAAAGAUUUUAUGCCAACUUACUCUGACAAUAAUAGCAAUGAUAAUCAUUCAUACUCUUCAUCUGGUGGGAUGUCUUCAUCUUCAUCCUACCAGCAAGAUGUAAAUAAUCCAAACUCGUAUCAGCAGAGUAAUUUUAAUACAGCUGCAUUUAAAACACAAACUGAAUCAUUUUUUGCGCGAGUACAGAAUGAAAACGCUACUAGACCAGAUAAUGUUCCACCGAACCAAGGUGGUAAGUAUGGAGGAUUCGGAUAUCAAAUGGAUGCGCCUCCAAGAAGUACUUCUCAAGAAUUUUUUGACACUGCUGUUUCUUCAUUAGCGAGUGGAUGGUCAAUAUUUUCAUCAUCAGCAUCUAAAAUUGCUACUAAAGCUACCGAGAAUGCUUUUAAAAUCGGUGGUAUGGCCACACAAAAGGUAGGAGAUAUGGGACGUCGCGGAUGGGGAGAUCUUUCUGGUACAAAUUCAUCAUCAUCUUUAUCGCAAUCUCAAUCACAAUAUCAGUAUCAAUCAAAUGACCAGUAUCAAAACGUAUCAUCUGAUAGUUACCAAAACAGUUAUCAAAAUUCUUUAUCCAAUGAAAAGUCUUCCCUAAUGUCUAAUUCUAGUAGCAAUGGUGGUGCAUCUUCAAACAAUUCAUCGGUGCAAGACUGGGAUUGGGGCAAUUCGCAACAAAACUCAGAGACCAUUACAGAAACUAAAUCAACAUCUCGCAGAAGUAAGGAGAAAAAAGUAAAAGAUAAAGAAUCAUUGAUUGACUUCGACAGUAAAAAUGAGGAUAGUUGGAAAAAAACUUCUUCAAAAGCUGAAGAAGAUGCUUGGGAAAUUUUGAAAGAUUAA